AUGGUCUCGCAAAGCAUUACAGCAGCGAAUGCUCAUGGCGUUAACCUUUUAUGCAAGCCGAUAGGUGGGAACUUAAGCGAGCACCCUUAUUGGGGCGUCGUUGCUGUACAAAAGCCGCGCAACACGCCGACAGCAGAACCUCCUUUUGUAACGCUUCGCGUCCACGACAAGACUGGGCAAUCUUUGUCGUUUUUGUCGGUAACAAUCAGAGCAUUUAACGAGCUGAAACACGUUACGGCAGCGCAUGCAGCCCUUAUCCCCGCCAUCAGCAAUGACACGGAGCUCCAUUGUAGCGUUCAAAGCAAUAACAUCUGGUUUUCCCCGCUAUCAGGCAUCCACUACGACGAUGCGACAGAUAAUGACGAUGACCUCGACAACGACGAUGCGACAUGA